AUGGCCAGCAAUAUCAUUGGAAACAGAAACAGCACCCCUGAAGCAUCCAAGACGUCCCUGCGGCCUCCAUCCUCGAGAACUAUCGGCUCGAGCAACACCCAUAACCAGCCCGUCAGAUCCUCCGCAGACAUGUCAUUCACGUCCCCGCUGUCAGCGCGUUCAAUCCGCCCUGCUUCUGAGGUGCUCUACAAUCAACAAUCACAGCAAGGUGGUUUGGAUGACUCGAGCAGGCUCGGUGAACAAUGGAUCCAGGACAUUGAACAGUAUGAAACAAUGCUCGAAGAGAUGGCAGCGGCUACUUUAGAUCAAGACUUCAAGGACGAACUCAGUGCAAUUGAACAAUGGUUUCGAGUCUUGAGUGAGGCUGAACGUACAGCUGCAACUUAUGCUUUGAUCCAACAGACGACUCAAAUGCAGCAGCGCUUCUUUGCUCAGGUCCUUAACCAGAUGUCCAAGAGCCAUCCCAUCUCCGGCGUCUUAUCUCCUACAAAUUUCGGCGAGAAGGACCCCAUGUCCAGCCGGCUCAGCGAUGCCAUGUCCAAGUUGAACGUCGAUGAUAGACGAACAUCCAUGGGCCGUCCGCCGGUCUCGCCUGCUGGCAACAAGCGCAAUUCGGGUCUGGACCAGUCUACCAUUCAUGCCAUGUUCCCCGACGCUGUCGCUGCGAUCCAACAACAAAAGGCCGAAUAUGCCCAACAGACGGGCAAUCCGCCUCCAUCCAACCGGAACAGCACUGUUAUCGGAGAUCGGAGCUCACUGGUCGCGCCCACCAUAUCUGCUCCCCGAGAGAACAAGACUGAAGCACUAAGCUGGCGUCAAGGAGGUGACUCUCAACAACCACCCAUCUCUCGACCAAAGUCUUCUUCCGGGUAUCAAUCUCAGCCACCUAUGGGACAGUUCAGCCAGCCUCCUGCUUCUGCCACGCUGCGUUCUCCACGGCCAUUGGGAACACCGGCUGGCAACAUCCAAAGCACUACCCUGACCGCUCCUGAACCCAAUGAAAUGCCAAUGUUGUCACCCUACAAUGUGGGCAAUCAAAGCUGGGCUUCGAUGACUAACACCCCCAUGGUUCCCAACUUCAAUCAAAGUAACACCCAUAAUGACAUGGUUGCCAAUGCUACUGCCAUGAAGCUUGCCGCUCUAUCCACCGUCACGAACCGCAUUGCCCUUGAUGACGCCAAGAAAUUCCGGCGAGCUCGAUCGAACGAACCGUCACCACAAAGUCAUCCACCCUUGACUCCUGGUCUUCAAUCUAGUGGCAUUCCAGGAAUCAACACAAUCAUGGUUAAUGACCAAGGCCAGAUCCUGAAUGCUCAACAGAUUGCUGCCCUUCAAGCACAGCAAAUUGCAGCGAAUCAGGGUCGUCGUUCACGACCCAACUCUCCCGGUCUGCCCUUGCAGACUCCUCUGGGACAGGCGAGCUUUGCUUCGCCUCAGCAUAACGGCUUCUUAGCCGCCUACGAUGGUAAUCCAAUCAUGAUGGGUGCCGGCAUGCCUGGUCUUAUUCCUACGAUGGGGCCGUUUGGCGGGGCCGAAGGCUAUUUGUCGGAUCAUUCUGAGAUAGCCCGCGGCCGCUCUCCUCGUGGACGUCGUGGAAGCUCGAAGCCUCCCGAGGAUCCUACCGAUCCCGGCUUGCUUCAAGACAUCCCAUCUUGGCUCAGAUCUUUGCGCCUUCACAAAUACACGGACAACUUGAAGGAUCUCAAGUGGCAGGAGCUGAUCGAACUCGAUGAUAAGGGCCUGGAGGCUCGUGGUGUCAAUGCCCUCGGCGCGCGAAAUAAAAUGCUUAAGGUCUUCGAACAAGUCAAGGAGGCACAAUCGGAGGGCAAGCUCUAG